AGAUUCACAAUGAUGAUGGUGUUUGGUUACGCCUGAAUCAGGACACCAUUCGUCAGUAUUGUCCUGAUGGUAGCUAUGCUGAAGCAUGGUGCCUUCAAUUCAAUCAGCAUCUUGGAAAAACCCUCUUAUUGCCUGUUCAAGAACCAAAAUCUCUUCUUGAUCAUGUAAUUAAGGAUCCAAAUAUGAGAAAAUCUCCUGUUAUUGAACCACCAAGAAAUAAGAGAGCUACCAAAUAUAAAGUAGUGAAGUGUGGUGCUUCAGGCCAUAAUGUUCGGAGCAACCCAAGUUUGAAAGCUCCACCAGUAGGAAUGCUUGGUCAUGGAAAUUGUGUUACGGUUAUUGACCAGGUUGAAAAUGGUGAUGGUACCUGGAUUCAACUUGAUAAAGAGACACUGAGCAAAUAUUGCUUCAAUUGGGAAGGUGAAGCUUGGUCUUUAGCAGUAGACAGAAAUACAAUUUAUUUGAAGCCAGAUGUUUCAGAUAGAAAUGAACCUUGUGAAGAAAGUGUUUUUGGGUCUUCUGUUCCAAGAAAAGGGUUUGAUUUUGGUCCUCCAUCUCAAGAAAACUUUCCAUUAUUUCCAACAGUAGGAGCUCCUGUACCUUCGGUACCAUUUGUGUUUGGUUCAACUUCCCAUCAAGCUGGGAACUUGAAAGAAGAAUCAAGAUCAUUCUUCAGAGAAUCGCCCAAGUCACCUGCUGUUACAAAAUGUCAGAAAUCGGAAGAAGGGAAGUCAUCUAAAGCAGUUUCCUCAAAAGAUGUCCCUCCUGAACUACUUGGAGUUUCUGUCAAAGAAUUGGUAAAAGCAAUAGGUGAAAGCCGAGCUAAUGGAAAUGGUGCAACGCCUCCAGACACACCUCGUAGAGCUUCUAGAAGUUCUAGUCCCUUACCACCCUCUAGAACAUCCUCCUCCAGCCCUCUUCCCAUACCAGGUGCCAAGAAUAGCAGUGGCUUGGCUCUGGAUAGUGUGAGCAGUAGUCCACUGGCUUAUGGUUCUCCUAGGAGCAUAGGUGUAUCUCCUGCAGUAUAUGGAGGUGCAGAAAGUGUUUCUCAAAGAAGAGGUUCAACACAAAGUGAUACGAGUGCUCUAGUCAGUAGUUUAACUCGUGAUCUUACUCCUAGCCCAAGUGGGAGCUGUUCACUUCACAGCACUCCAUCGACGCCACGAAAAAACAAAGAGCCAGAGAGUGACUCUAGUUCUAAAUCAAUGGCACAAGCUGGAACACAAACUUCUCCAGAUGGAGUCAAAAGUCAUUUUAGUAUUGGAUCUAUUAGCAGAGAGGAAUCUCCUAAAUCAAGCCGAAAAGUUAGAACAAAUUCCAAAAGGUCUAUGUCUCCUGUUGCUGCUCAGAGGGGCAUCCGUGAUCAUAGGGGAGGAGUAAAGGAAGCUAUGAGCCCAUCUGUUGCUGAAAGUAUCAGAGCAACUUUUGCUGCUUUAUUGUGGCACGAAGGAUUGGUUCAUGAUGCUAUGGCAUGUGCAAGCUUCUUAAAAUUUCAUCCUACUCUUCCAAAACAAGGAGCUCUUGUAGUUACCAGACAUACAGACAGAGCCAGAACAGUUGACCAAAGACAUUCUUUAGAAGUAUCAAUGGCAGGGAACUACCUGCAUAUAAAACCUUCCACACUUGAAACGUUGACUAGAUCUGCUGCCAAUGCCAACGCUAACAGACACAGGGGUAAGCAAAGUGUAAUUCGAGAGGAACUUAGAGAAGAAGGAAAACCAGAACAAGAACAUACAGUCACUGUUUUACCACCAGCUUUAAAAUGCCUUGUCCACCUCUGGGAACAACUUACCAUCACCUGUCUACAGGCAUUUACUGUAAAUAAUAUACUACCAAGCCCUUGUGCACCAACUUCAAGCUGUAAAAAUGGAGAGGGUAAGAGAUUAAUCCGAAAGAAGAAGGAUUGGAAAGGAAGUAGCCGUCCUAGUGAGAGAAUGGGAUCCUGUGAACUGUGUGGGGGUGUGUUUCCUCAUCCUGUUACUUACCACAUGAGACAAGCUCAUGCAGGUUGUGGUGGCCAUGCCGGAGGUAAAGGUUACAACUCUGGUGGCAAUUUUUGUGUUGGGUGGGCAGGAAAUUGUGGAGAUGGAGGAGUAGGUGGUAGUUCUUGGUAUCUUGUUUGUGAUUCUUGCAGAGAUAAAUACUUAAGAGCGAAGAAGCAGUUUGCGCUCCCAGCUAAGAAACCUAGUAGAAAGAAGGCAGCGACAGGCCCUACACUAACAAAGAUCCCAUCUCCUGCUUCUGCACUUGCACCACCUAUUACAAUGGAGACACAUUUAAUUAUGAAAAACAAUGCCAUGUUUCUGUUGGAAUUGUCAAGUGGAUCUCCAAAAAGAAUCAGUUCUCAAAAGGAAACACCCCCCGACAUGAAUUCCUGUUUCCCUCCUCCAGGACCAUUUCAAUGUCUCCUUUCUCUAGGUGUUAACCCAUCUUCACUUAGAGAUGAUGUGCAUUUCCCACAAGAUGAGGUAAUUCUGAGGAGAAAAGAUUCUGAUAGCACUUCAACAUCAAGGCCAGUUUCUGAGGGCCCAGCUAGUGAUAGUGACAGUGAAAAUGGAAAAGGUAGGCUUUUUCAUCGUUCAGUUUCUAUGGGAACAAAUGGAGCUCCCUGGAAUAAAAAAGAAACUGAAGCCAGGGUGAUCAUGACAGAAACUGGAUCUUCCCUUUUAUGCUACCCAUCAGCUGCUCUUCAAAAAUUGGUUCCGAGCAUGAGUCAGUCAGCUAUAGUUAGUUCUGAUGUAGACAGAAGUACAGUUGAUCUUCUGUCUCGUCCCGUAAUGCUCUUUCUUCUCCAGCAACACAAUCUGCCAAGUUUACACAUGGCUAUGAAACAAUCUCUUAGAAAAGCAACUUGCAGAAUAUAUGGAAUGCAGGCUUUGGAUUGGUUGUUACAUACAGUUACUCAAGCCGCUUGCCUUCAUGAUCUGCUAUGGUGGUUUGUAUUUGCUUUGACACCUUCUCCAAACCCUCAGGAGUUAGAUCCAGAACAACCUAAGGAAGAACAUGAAAUUAAACGUGAAGAUCAUGAUUUACUUGGUGUUUGUGAACACCCCUUAAAUGACAUGGGUUUGGCUGGUGAUGCAGUACAUCCAUUACCUUCCACAUUCCACUCUCUCCUCCAGUCUAUAGCUGACCUCAUGCUUCUAUUGCCUAUGGGAUCUGCUCUUCAACAAAUGGCUGUACGUUGCUGGGGCAUAAAUUUUACUCAGUCCGAUCACAGUUUUCUGCACAGGAGUCACGUUUUCAGUAAUAUAAGCAAAAUACUAUCUCGCUCAGAGGAAGAGCAAGAUGAAAAUAUAAGUAUGCUAGAAAGUCAUUUGUCAUCAGUUUCACAGACCGCAAGCUAUGUAGAGGCUUUAAGUGAUUUGACUAACAUGAUCGAAAUAAAAGCUUCAUCAAGACAAGCCAUGGUAGGAAGUCUUACUGAUAAUUCUACUGAAACAUUUUGGGAAUCAGGCGAUGAAGAUAGAAACAAAACAAAGAGUUUAACCAUUACUUGUCCUCCAGGAUCAUUUCCCACUAUUGUGUAUAUCCACAUCGACAACUGUCGUGAUCUUGGGAACAAAGUUUCAAGUGUUACAUUCCAAUCUGGUCCGAAUUCAGAUGAAUUAUUCAAAUUACGGACAGUAGAAGUAGAAAGCAGAGCAACUGGAUGGAUAAGUUGCUCCAUUUUAGAGAUUAGCCACUCAGUUAUCAGAUUGGAACUUAAGGGAGGAGAUAAUUCAAUGAGAAUAAGGCAGGUGCGUGUACUUGGUCGGUUAGAUGGUGAAUCAAUCAAACUUAAGAGGCAGUAUUCAGCUUCAGCAAUCCAACAAAGAAAUACCGAAGCUGAAACACUUAGAGUAUUUAGACUUAUUACUUCCCAGGUUUUUGGAAAACUCAUUACUGGGGAAAAAGAAGAAGCUGAAAAUUUUACAGAAGGUGAAGUGAUAGAUGAAAGUAAUGACCUUAAGGAACAUAUGGUUGGUAUACUAUUUAGCAGGAGCAAGUUGACGCAUCUCCAAAAACAGGUUUGUGUGCACAUUGUUCAAGCUAUUAGAAAAGAAGCUGCUGUGAUGAGAGAAGAAUGGGAAAGUAGAUUGUGUUCUGCAUUGAGUGGGCCUGAAGCUCCUGACACAUAUUGUUUUGAAAUGUUGUCAAUGGUCCUUGCCCUUAGUGGUUCUGCAGUUGGGAGGUCUUACCUGGCGCACCAGCAUGCUCUGAUGUCAGAUCUACUUUCCUUGUUACACACUGGUUCAGCUAGAGUUCAGAGACAGGUUACUGCCCUUUUGAGAAGAAUGUUAGCAGAAGUGACACCUUCAACUCUGGCUCAUAUAGUAGGAGUAAAGCAGUUGCCACCUGCUGACUUCAGCAUCGCAGCAGCUGCAAGCAGAUCACAGGAUAGUGCUACAUUUGAUUUUCAUAGGAUGGGAAUACUUGAUGUGUUUUUAAGUUGCAUCGCAAAGGCACUGACAGUACAAGUAAAAACAAAAGGAAAAGAAUCUAAAGGUGUAUCUUCCAUAUCUCUCGCAACUUGUAUUCAUCCACGAGAUAAUGUUGGUUCUCGUUGGUGGCUCAGAGGAUGUAUUUCUCGAAAACUAGCUGAAGAAAUUAUUGCUCUUAUCAGAGAUAUGGCAUCGGGAAAACUAUCUGAAGAUUGGGCUAGAGUUACUAAGGGUGCAAUCGCUGAAAAUAUUUUGAAUGUUACCCGCUUGAACGAAUCACAGCGAGGAACUCAUGAUUGCCUCCAUUCUCCAACUCUUUGGCUUGCUCUUGCUUCACUAUGUGUCUUGGACAGAGACCAUGUUGAGAGGCUUUCUUCUGGACAAUGGAGAAAUGCUUCAGAUGGAAAACCACCACCUCCUAGACCAACAUGCAGCAAUCAUGAUGAUGGGGAAACUAAUGCUAUCAUCCAAUGCAGUGUGUGCGGUAGUUUGUGUGCUGAAUGUGACAGAUACCUUCAUUUACAUAGAAGAACACGAAUGCACCAAAGACAGGUAUGCAAAGAAGAAGAAGAAGCCAUAAAAGUUGAUCUACAUGAAGGUUGUGGCCGCACAAAACUGUUCUGGGCCUUACUUCUGGCUGAUUCUAGUACUUUAAAAGCACUUGUGGAAUUCAGAGAAGGUACAAGAACUCAGAAUUCAGGACUUGCUGCUGGAGUGUGCAGGUUCUGUGGUGCUUCUGGUUCAUCAGGUCUUUUAUCAAUAGGAAAUGUUUGUGCAGACCAUGAUUGCCAGGAACAUUCAAGAAAUGCAUGCAGCAAAGUACAUUCUUGUGGCCAUAUGUGUGGAGGAAUACAGGGUGAAGUUGAGUGCUUGCCUUGCCUUCAUGGUUGUUCAGGAGACACUAAGCUUAAGCAAGAUGCCGAUGACAUGUGUAUGAUUUGUUUCACUGAAGCCCUCUCCUCUGCUCCUGCCAUCCAGUUAAAAUGUGGGCAUGUAUUUCACUUACACUGCUGCCGAAAUGUUUUGACAAAGAGAUGGGCUGGGCCAAGGAUUACAUUCUCAUUUGCACUGUGCCCUAUCUGCAAGAGUGCUAUGGAGCAUAAAAUUUUAACUAAACAGCUAGAACCUGUAAAAGAGCUCAUGGAAGAUGUACGUAGAAAAGCAUUGAUGAGGCUUGAAUAUGAAGGUCUUGACAAAGGGCGUUUAGAUCCUGCUGGAUAUGCUAUGGACAGAUAUGCUUAUUACGUUUGCUUCAAAUGCAAAAAGGCUUACUAUGGUGGAGAAGCACGGUGUGACAUUGAGGCAGGUGGAAGUGGAGAAUUCGACCCUUCAGAGCUGGUGUGUGGAGCAUGCUCAGAUGUUUCUAGAGCACAGAUGUGUCCAAAACAUGGAACAGAUUUUCUUGAAUACAAGUGUAGAUAUUGCUGUUCGGUUGCAGUUUUCUUUUGUUUUGGAACAACUCAUUUCUGCAAUGCUUGUCAUGAUGAUUUUCAACGAGUGACUAACAUAGCAAAAACUGAACUACCAGCUUGCCCAGCAGGUCCAAAAGCCAAGCAGCUGGAAGGAGAAGAAUGCCCUCUUCACGUCAAACACCCCCCAACAGGUGAAGAAUUCGCAUUGGGAUGUGGAGUUUGCAGAAAUGCCCACACUUUUUAAAAUUUAUCAUGUCUCUGGACACUGCUUGUUAAACACAAUUUUAAUUAUUUUAUUAUUAUAUUUAAUUUAAAGUUUUAAUUGUAGUAAUUUAUAAAAAUAAAUAUUGUUUUACGACCUAAGAUCUGUUCUUUGGUAAAAGCUCUUAUCAUAUUAUAUUUAAUUUGUACUUAAUAAAGAUGUUUUUAGAUUAGUAGAAGUUCUGAUGAUCCAUUUGAUUUUUGUAGUAAGACAAUUUCUAUAAUUUCUUCCUUUGAUGAACUGUAAAACUUAAUUAUUUGUUAAUUUAGUCUUCAUAAAACUAUAAACUAGAAAAAUAUUGUUUUAAAUGAAUCCAUUUCCUCAUUUAAAAUAAAUUCAAUAAUAUAGAACCCAGGCAUAACUAAAAAUAUAAGUAACCAACUAAUUAACAAACUAUAUUCCAAUCAACAAAUAUUGAGCUCAACUGGUGUAAAUCUGGGCACAAUGGUAACUUUACUUGUGAAGCUUCCAGUUCCUCUGAAAGAACUUCUUCUUGAAAUGGUUAUGGUUCGCAUGAGUCGGUUUGUUGACUGGUGAGUAUGGUCCAUCGAGAGGCAAAAUAGGAAGUGGUGAAGGUGGAGGUGAUGCAGCAAUCACCUGAAGUGGUUCUAAGACAGGAGGUGUAUCCCUCUCUCUCUCGCUUAAGUACCUUGCUAUCUUCUUACUUGCUUCUGAAUCAACUACAGAUUCAGGACUCUCCAUGUUUCCUUCUGUGCUCCGUCUCCUUUUAUCAAGCUCAGUAGACGCAAAGGCAACAAGUCUAUCAAAAUCAGAACUAAUUCUAUCUUGCCAUCUUUCUUCAUCUGCAGGGGUUCCAUCAUUAUCUAAACUUAAUCUUUUAUUAGGGAAAAAAUCCUCUUCAGAUAUAGUUCUUUUCAGGCUCUCUGCCUCAGUUUUAACCUCUGGCAAUGUUAUAUUUUCAGGAUCUUCUUUCACCUCCCCACAAAACAAACUUUCAUGUAAACUGGCUGCAAGCCCUUCAACAGGUUCUUCCUUUAUUUCAUAUUUCAAUGAGUCAAACUCAUACGGGUCUAGCCCACUUUGAGGAUUUGUUAAAGUGAGCGAGGGUGAAGAUGUACUCAUUUCAACAGCAGCAUUUAUAAUAUUUUGAUUUGAUAUAUCUAACGUUCUUUCUAUUUCUACAUUUACGAGAUCACCUAUUGUUCUAGGUCUCGGUUUUUUUGCUUUAGGUACUAUUUUAUCUUGAGAAAGAUGUCUUCGGAGAGCCAAUUUUCCAGGCGACUCCUGAUUUCCCUGUAACGGGGUCAAAGAUUUAUUGUUGAUGUUUCUGCUAUAAUCAGGUGUCAUAUUUCUUGGAGCAUUUUCUUCUUUUAAAGCUGUGGUAAUAAUACUUUUAAGGCGCUCUUCAAAGUUUGCAACUCUUGGAGGUUCAUUAGCUUUAUUGGCAGUAAAUGAUAUAUGUGAAUUAUCUUCUUUAGAACUAUGAUUGUGUCGAAUUCGUGACUUUUCAAUAUCAACAUAUCGCCUAUCCAUAUGAUCAUUGUACCGGUAAGAAGGCUUGACAGUACUUGCCAUUUGUUUUUGUUUUAACAAAAGUUGUGCUUGUUUAUUAGCUUUUUCAAGAGCUGAAAUUUCAGCUUCCAAAAUCGAUGUGUGAUGAUUCAAUUUUUUCUUAGUACUAAUCGUGGCAAAUAUCUCUUCUAAAAGAUGUUCUGGUCUCAAAGGUCCAUUAAUCCUCAUAUGCUUACAAACUUCUUUCUCACGUUCUCGAACAAGGUUCUUUUGUUCUUCUUCUAAACUUUUGAUUUGUUCUUGUAACUUACCAGCUUUCCCUUGCAAAAUUUUAUGCUCUCUAACAAUUUCUGAUGCUUUCGUAAAUAUUCCACUAACAGACAAAUCCACAACACCCAGUUCAAACAUUCGAGCUUUCAAUAAAAUAACACUGUCUUCUGUUAAAACUUUAAUUUGUCUUUCUAUUUGAGCAAUAUGUUUUUUAAGAUUAUUAUUAUGUUCUCUCUCUUUUUCAAUCUGCCUUUGCACAUUAUCCCGGAAUGAUGGAUUUUUCAUUUGUUCUAUCAUUGAAACCAUUUGAUCCCUAAAUAAAUCCAAUAAAAUUUGCAAAGAGUAUGGAGUGGCAGCAGGUGCAGGAGGGAUUUCGAGCUCUUCAUGAACAGUUCUGGCAUUUGAAGUUAAUGAUGUGAGUUGCUGAUCUACACACCCAGGUGCUGGAGGUGGUUUUCGGCCAACUUUCUCUGGGGAUGUGCUUAAUAAGGUUUCACUAUGAAGCAGAUCUAAUCCAGAAAUUUUUAUUGGUCUUCUAGGUUUGGUCUUUCUACCUUUUGUUUUACGCCUCGAAGAUUUUUGGGAAGUCAUAGCUGGUGUAAUUGCCAAAGACUUACUAGUUCUUGGUAAUAUUCUUUUGGGUCUACUACUGGUACGACUAACAUUUUCUUCAUCACUGUAUGAUUUUGCAUUGACAUAGUCAGACCAUGCCCUCCGCGUUGUAGGUCCUCUUGGAGGGGAACUGUUAUCUGUGCUUUCAUCAUCUGAUGUAUUGUCAGUAUUUCGCUCACUAACCUGUCUACUUUCACUGUCAGUAUUUUCAAGACUUCCACAGUUACUAACUGCCUCUCUGCCACCUCUUGGUUGAUUUUUUAAUUUCUGAAAAUAUCUCUCGAGUUUAGUUCUGUCAAUAACAUGUAAAUAAUAAGAAACGGGUUUUCCUGUCCAAGAAACAGAACCCUGCAAUGGUUGCAUUUCUGACACAUGCAUUAUUGUACCGAUAUCAGAUAAAUUUCUGUCAGUAAUUCUGAAAUUUAGAGGACAAAAUGAUUUUGAAGAAACAAUUCUAGCUCCAUCUUUUAAAUCAGCAAAUCUUUCUUUUAACAUAUGAUCCACUGUUGGUCCAAAUGCAAAAUUAUUAACAAAUAUAAUAGAAGAUCCAAUAAUAGUCUUACGAUGUUCUUCAGACAGAAAAUCUCCUUUUAUUAAUUUAUAUUCACCAUACGUCUUUCCAUACCAUGACAUCCAUUUUUUAAAUUGUAUAUUCAUUGUUUCUGCAUACCUGGUUGGAACUUCGGCUUUUUCAACACCAUAGCAUAUUUUACAUUUGGUAGCUGCAGCCAUCUGAAGAACAACCUGUCCUACACCAGAUCCCAAAUCAAUAAACACAUCAUCCUGUGUUAUAUCAAUUUGAUCAAUCAUUUGACAAAUGAGAUCAAAUGAUGUUUCUCCAUAUACUUCUGGAGAGAAUGGUUCAUACUGAUUCAGCUUUUCAGGAUCAAAUACUGACUGAUUAUAUACUUGUUGAAGUAUAUGUCUAAGUAAACCACGAGAUGGAGAUUUUCUAGAAUGGUGCAUACCUUUUUUGAGCAUUGAAACAGCAUCUGCAGCUCGAUUAAAACGAUCACAUAAAUCUUUCAUGCUAUUGUAAUCCUUUGAACUGGAAUUACUAAGUACAUUAUUUUCAAGAGGUAAUUUCAGUUCUGGAAAAUCAUCACAAACCCAUUUAAUUGUUUCUAAGAUCUCUCCUGCACUGUCCAGGCGUUCUGUUCCUGGCCAUGGGUAGACAACAGGUUCAGCCCCAACAGGGCUAUGUAAUUUCAACUCCAUCUAGAAAUUACAAAAAUAUCUUUGAUUUACUACUUAAAUU